ACACUCACUACUUACCGUCGUCACCGGCCGUUCACCACUUCGUCAGAGUUUUCAAGGGACAAAAUUGAAGUCUUGCAGGGAAUAAGCUUGGUCUUUGAAGCAAGAUCCACCAACAAAGUGGCUGAUUUGUUGGCGAAAAAUGCUAGAAAGUAUUGUAAUAUGGGCGGUGAAAGUUGUAUUUUUAAUACCCUUCCCCUAAUCUGUAUUAAUGAUUACUUUAUCGACACUAGUUUUGAUCAUUCUGAUACUCAGGAUCAAUGUAAUGAAGCUAUGCCAAUGAACAAUACAUGUGAUGUAACCCUAAGGGAAGCCAAUAGCUUUGCUGCUUCCCGGUUCUAAUUUAUAUGCUCUUACAUUAAAAAAAUAAAAAAAAACAUAAAAAAAAAUCAGUGAUAUUGAACGAGUACUUCAUUUUAUUUUAUUCAUUUAUUUUUAAUGUUUCUAUUUGUAAUUUCCUACGUGUUGGAAAAGUAAAAUAAAAUAAAAUAACUAGGUACUGAUUCAAAUUCCAAGAACAGAAGAGGGACAACUGGACAAGCAGCCACCUUGUUUCGUAUCCAAACCAGCGGUGGCAAAUCCGGCGGUAGCGCGAUUCAGCACGAGCAGUCACUUUGUCAUCCUCCUUCUCUCCCUUUCCUGCAAUUUUCCAGGCGAUUCAUUAGUGAGUUGAAGUCAUUAUUCACUUUCUUCUUAGUGUUGAAAAAUUAAAGUUUACCUGUAAUUGAAGGAACAAAAAACCGAAGAUGUCUUUCACUAAGAUCGGAAAAUCCUUGCCCUUUUCUGGAAUCUUGAGGAAGCUGGAGCAAGAUGUUGAGACUGUAAUCAGGGUACUGCAGCCUGGGCCAGUAGGGAUUGUGGAGCACAAAUUUACGGAUAAAGAAAUACACGAGGCAAAUGCAAUGGUUAGGAGAGCAGUGGUGAAUUGGCAAAGGAGAGCAAAGUUGGAGAAAAGUGGCAUUCUGAAAGAUUAUAUAGAAUCAUGAUGGAUUUUGUACGUUGUUUUCAUGAAUAAGAAGUCAAAUUUAGUGCUAUAGCUUGUACGUCGUUGUGGAGCAACAGAAGAGGCUUAUAUAUGUCAAGCCUUGACAAACUUUGAAUUUUUGAUUCCAAGAAAGUCUGUAGUUUUCUAUUUGUGCCCUUUAAAAGGAUAUUGUCGUUUUAUUGAUUGUCAUGCAAUGAUCUUUAUUAAGAUCUUACAGCGGAA